CACGGCACGGACCGGCACCGCACAGCCCCGACCGGCACAGCCCGGCCCGCCGCAGCCAGCGCCCGGCCCAGCCCGCAGCGCCCCGGCCCGGCCCGCAGCGCCCCCGGCCCGCCCGCCCGCCGCCACGAUGCUGGCGCUGCUGUCCCGGCUGCUGGACUGGUUCCGCUCCCUCUUCUGGAAGGAGGAGAUGGAGCUGACGCUGGUGGGGCUGCAGUACUCGGGCAAGACCACCUUCGUGAACGUCAUCGCGUCGGGUCAGUUCAGUGAAGAUAUGAUUCCUACCGUGGGCUUCAACAUGAGGAAAGUUACAAAGGGUAAUGUUACGAUAAAGAUCUGGGAUAUAGGAGGGCAGCCGCGGUUCCGGAGCAUGUGGGAGCGAUAUUGCAGAGGAGUUAAUGCUAUUGUCUACAUGGUAGAUGCUGCAGAUCGUGAAAAAAUAGAAGCCUCUCGAAAUGAGCUGCACAACCUUCUAGAUAAGCCACAGUUACAAGGAAUCCCUGUUCUAGUACUUGGAAAUAAGAGAGACCUUCCUAAUGCUUUGGAUGAGAAACAGCUAAUUGAAAAGAUGAACCUCGCUGCUAUUCAGGACAGAGAAAUCUGCUGCUACUCAAUUUCUUGCAAAGAGAAAGAUAAUAUAGAUAUCACGCUUCAGUGGCUUAUUCAGCAUUCAAAAUCUAGAAGAAGCUGAAGUCUUCCUGGAAUCUCCAGUACCAGUUGGCCAUAAUCUCAAUUGUCCACUUCCCUCCAUAAUGAGAUACUACCCAAAAAUCCUGUAUCAAGAAUCUGCCUUUUCACGGUUCAUUUCUCAUGUGCACUGCUGAAGACUUGUAUUCCUAUUCUGUCACAAAACAACUAGAGUUGUCAUGAUAAAGUCAGCACAAAUAUUUAUUUUACAACCAUCUGUGGUGGGAGGGUUGUGGGGGGGGCUUUUUAAAAAAAUAUCUCUACCAUGUUAACUACGAUGGUACACUCUGUUCUGGUUUUUCAGGGCCAGGUUUUUAUAUGAUUUUCAGCAAGUGUUUUAUUUCUAGUGUUUAGUGGCUUGAAGAUGCUGAUGCUUGACAGCAUUAAGAUUCUGUAAGAUGCCACAUACAGUAGUUAGAAAACAUUUAAGCGUGAGUUGUGGGAUACUGAUUUAUCUCACAAAUGCAUGUGAUGUGUGUAUGUAAGCAGAGAAAUGGAAACUGUUUGCAGAGGGGAGCACAAGGCAUAGAUCAGCAUCACUAAUCUACAGCUGAGAUCCUGUCACUUGAAAAAGAAAACUCUCAUGAUGAAUUAGGAAAGAGUCAUCUUUUAAAAUCGUUCUGUUGCUUCUGUUUAACAUUUGUGUGGGGGAUGGGAAUGGACUGUUCUGUAAACCUUCGAAAAUUGGAGUAUUCCAGCAUGAAAACAAAUUGCUAGGAACAUCAGGCUUUGUUCAAAUACAUUCUUCUCUCUCCAGAUACUCGUGGUCUCUGUCUGAAACCAGAACAUGCAUUGUGAGCAGCUGCAUGACCCCAGUUACUGAUGUUCUUGUAUCCAGGCGGUUGUUGCCCUGUAGCACACUAUCUGUGUAAUUGUCUAGUGUCUCUCCUGCUCAUGGAAUGGCUGGGCACAGUUUCACCUGGUGCUAUGGAAUACCUGGGCUAUUGUGACAACUCUAGACCUGCCUGCUUUUCGAUGUAACCAUGUGCAAAGCCUGUAAGAUGCCAGAUGAAACGUUCUACUGUGUCAAAGCACAAGAGAGCCAAUGAUCCUGUCUCUUGACUAGCUCCUGCAGCUUAGGGAAGUGUGUAUAAACUCAAGAUCGCAAUGUUUUUGCAGCUUUACUUUCUCAAUGACUUCAGCCUAUUUAAAGGGACAGACUUGUUAAGACUGGUUUGUUCACCCAGCAGUGUCAACGUAGCUUUACUCGUGUGUGCAGAUCCAUGGUACACCUGCCUGUGUUGCCUCACACUGUGUGUGAUUCCUCACCUCAAUGUGGUUUGCAUCCCAUGGGAGUCUUUGGUUGGGAACAUGCUUAGUCCCUGUCAGCUGUGACAAGCCAGUUUUAAUGCAGACUGCCAUGGCCUUACUGUUCUGUACCACCUCUGGCACUGUUGCACAGACACUACAAGCUGCCUGCGUUCAGUCUGAAGUUGCAUUUUAACUUUUUGUCCCCUUUCAGUUCUCUGAAGCAUGAUUUCAAUUAAUUCAUACUCUGGUGCUGUAGAGGAGAGGGUAAAUUAUCUUGCUACUGUAGUCCCGAGUUCGCCAGGAACUGCUACAGUUACCUUUAUUUAGCAAACUUGCUUGUGCCUAAAAUAAGGAACCUAAACUAGAAUGUGUGAAUCUUUGUGGGGGACCAGGUCACUGUUUAGUUAACUGGCCUAUAGCUAAACUUGAUGUGUUUGGUGUUUAUAUACUUCACUGCUUUCAGCGUUUAUGGCAUCCAAACACUACCAAUUGUUAACCUGUGCAUUACUCUCUGCAUGUGAACAACUUAUACAAUUACUGAACUUUGUAAAUACGUGAAUUUUUUUAUUUAGGUGGAUGCAUAUGUUGGUUUACUGCUCUUCAGCUUUAUUCAAUAAACUUAUGUUUUGAGGGUUGUAUUGACACUUAACUGACUGACUUGAGUUGAUGUGGCCGAACUCAUGGAAAUACAUGAUGGGAUGUGUGUCUCCUCUCCCAGAGAUGACAGUGGGGGAAGAAGGAUUGGUAAAUACCUGAGCUGAUUUAGGUUCUGUGGCUCAACUGUUCCAGUGCAAUGCUCAUAAAACUGCCUUUGAGGCCUGGGGUUUGCUCAGCUUACCUGUGCAAGCUCAGCUAGUCAACCUCAGCAGAAGUCAGUGCUCUUUUAUGUUUAUAAAAAGCACUGGGCAGCUGAGGGGUCAGAAGUAGGGGCAGCCUUCUGGAGCUCUGUUUUCAGGAGAGACAUGCAUGUGUCUGCAAGCUUCUUUCUUGUCAAGCCUAGAGUAAAACCUUUGUUUUUCUAGCACAAGUGUCAAAUCUUGCAGUGCCUGAUCAUUCACUGCCAAUUAAAGCAGAAAGAUUCUUAUCUCAGCGGGAAGUGAGGCUUUUGUUGACUGAGGUCUGGAACAAAAUCUUUGCUGUGAUUGUAAUCUGGAGUUUCAUUGACUGUUCUUCCCAAAGGCUUUUGUUGCAUUAAUGGCUCUUAGGUCACUGAUAAUUUAUAGGACUGUAUGUCAUCAUCUUCCAAUUAAUGGUAACAAAUUGGAUGUCUUGUUUCAGGGCUUGCCUCCACAUAAGCUUCCAAACUUGCUGAACUGUAACAGGUUAGUUUUUAGUACUGAGAGCAGGUCUUUUAGCAUCCUUCAGUGUAACUUGGCUGGUGGGAAGGACUGGUGAAGUGUUGGGUAAAAGAACAUGUGUGUGUUUCUUUGGGAGUUUCCUGCAUGCAAAACCAGCUGCCUGGAGUUCACAGUCAAAGCAAAAUGCCUCUAGACACAAAUCUGAGAACAGGAUUAGUGCACUAAGCUUUUCACCCUGGUUGGUCUGAUACCAGAACCAGUCACUUCAGUAAAUCAGCUGUGGUAUGAACUGGCCAACAGCCCUUUGCUUGAUUUCAGUGGUAUUUCAGUAAUAGUUUCUACUUCUGUGUGUAAAUGGGGAGAACCACAGGGGCCACCUGUGAUGUGUGUGCUCUAAAAUUACUUCACAAAAUAAUCCCACCUGGGUUUUACAGCUAAUUCCUGUACUGUUCUCCCAGAUGUCCUUGGUUCCUCACGUGGCAGGAAGGAGAGCUCGGGGUGGCCGUUUGAUUCCAGCGCAGAGGAUUGCACUGGUCCUGUUUCAGGGCUUGAUUAACUCCCCAACUGCCUUCCCUUUGACACAGGAAGUGUGGUGAGUCUUUCCAGGGAAGGGAGGCUGUUCUCAGCACCUUUCAGCCUUGCACUGGAAAAACUGCUCCCUCGUCUGGCACAGUUAUGGCCAAGGUCAAAUCUUGUGUGUUCUAGCAGAGGUGCAGAGCAUUAGCAGUGCUGUUUGCUGAGUUUGGAUGCUAGAGCUGUGUUCUAGUCAUCAGAUCUCAUAAUGAUUACGUGUCUUGGGCCCUGUAGUGAGUCUGGACAGUAAAAAAAGGCUGAUUAAAUGUCCCAUUCUACUAACAAAAGUUGCUUUUGGGGGGAUGAAUUUUGAUAACAUAAACUACUGUACUUAACAUCAAUAGCCAUAAUCCUGAGACUCUCCUCUGAUGGAGGCCUUGGCCGUUGGCAUAAUAAGAAAUGCACAUCUUGUGAAAAGGCAAAUGUUGAGCCAGAGAGAACUUUUGGUGGUGAAUAUACAUGAAGUUAGGCAGCAGUCCUACCUUCCUGAGCCCCUGGUGUGUUGUCACUGUCUGGUGUCCUGGUGAUUUAUACCAGCCAUCAACUCUCAAUCCUUGGUGUUGGGUUUAUUCAGUACAAGUGAUCAUGGAGCAGCAAUGAUUGGAUUAGGAAUGUUUGUGUUUGCACUCACAGCUCCAGGCUGUGUGAAAGGUUUCCUUGGAGUGUUCAUGUCCUCUCAGUUUUGUGUGGAUGGUGGUUUCUCUAAGUGCAAUUACAGUGCAGGGUAAUUCUCCUUAUCACCGAGUACAGCUGAGGGUCUGAGCAGCUGCACAGAGCAAUUCAGUCCCACCACUUGGCAACAGGAAUGAUGCCCAGAGGUGGAGCUGUUUCCUUGGAAUAGUCUAGUUUCUCAUUGCUUUAUGUUUUCUCUUUGUAUCUUGAUGGAAACAGGUUGGAAAGAUGGUCCUUUUGGGAUGCUGACAUAUCAAACUGCAUAAUCUUCACUUUCUGCUAGAAGAAAGGCCAAAGAAAAUGCCUUAAACAGUCUCUCUGUUUAUUAGAGGAAUGUUGUGCAGGGAUCUCUAAUAACCUGAAGUAUGGCUUAGCUGGAUUAUCAAGCUUUUAGCUUUCCUGAGGUUUCAUUUUGUCAUUGCUGUGGCUGUGCAAUGGCAUGUCAUGGUUUGCUUUGUGCUUCCUCCAGCAGCAUGCCCAGCACUGCUCCCCACUGCCCUGCCCUUGCACUGACCCUGACUCGAGUGUGAAUUCAAAAAGGGAGUGUAAAAUCAGGUUAUUUUAUCUAGAUUUCUAAGAUGACAUGGCCAGCAAAGCAGUCAGUCGUGUUAAAGGAGAAGUAAUGUGUGAGUGCCUGACACUCAUGUGCUUCAGGGCUUUUAUUCCCCAAAAGUGAGUGCAGAACUUGUCUCACUAGAUCAUGAACCUUUAGUGAGGGCUCUGUUGCUUUAGGGCUGCAGAUGCUGGAUGUUAAAGUGUGUCUUGGUGAAACAUUGGGGUUUUCUCUUGCAUGUCACUCAAGUGACAAACACAGAAUGGCACUCAGAGCAGGUUUGCACAUACUCUUUAAAAGGAGAAGUGAAAUACUUGAUGUUUUUAUUUCCCUCACAGUGGAAGGUGGGUAAGUAGACCUUUGUGCCAGGAUUAGUGCCUUUUAAUUACGACAUGACAAGUUUUAUUCUGUUAAAGGCAACAUCUAUCAUUGUGAUUAUUUUGAAGUGCUUCAAUAAAGUGUUGUUGAAAACCA